GCCGACAAAAAGGGCCGUGACACAUCGUAACCGUCAUCAAUAUUACUUCACGUUUACACGUAAUAAAUACCCUCUUAUUUCUUAAUCAUAUCCCAUCCACCCAUAAAUAAAUAAUACAAAUAUAUAAAACCCGGCCCACGAUCCGAUUUUAUCCCCCAGGGUCUCGUGUUCAAACGGGUCGGGUUAUUAUUAUAUGCAGACACAAAUAUUCCCGUGGAGUGGCGGAUAUGGGCGCUACCCGGACCCGUAUACCAACGGGCACAAAUAUCCUACCCAAAAGAAUAGUCGUUACAGAAAAAAUAAAAAAAUGAUGCAGUCUUCUACUUUCUUUGAUUCUCCAUCAUGAAAUUUCAUUAAACCCAACGUGGGACCAGUUUCAGCACUGCAAUUUCUCUGGUUUUUCUGUUUCCCCCUUUGAUUUCUAACCCUCUCUUCUGCUGGAUAGCGACUGUUUCGAUCUCGUUCAAUGUUUGUGUUCCUGCUCUGUAAUUGCAAAUUCUCCGCCGGAAUUUCUUCACAGGCUGAAUUUGGAACAUGAUAUUGUUAUGCCGACAAGCCAAUAACAUGGCAGAUUCGUAAUUCUCUGAAUUAUUGAAGUGUUUUUUUUUUUUGGUUCUAGUAUGAUUUGAAUUUGGCUCUCAGAAGUUUGGGGUGGUGUUGUUCCUAGUUUGCAUGAUUUUGUAUGCUAACAUGACAAGAAAUAAGCCAAUUUAUUUUUGGUUAAAGUGAUAAAUAUAUUUGCUGUAAUGGAAAAUUCUGGUGAGCCAUCAUCAUCCAUCAGUUUUACCUCACCAUCUCAUAUAUCCAAUGAAUCAACGGUCAAUAAAGUCCAUACUUCUGUUGGAUCUGAAGCAGUGUUAGAUCUCGAAACCAUCAGUUUAAGUAAGCUGAGCUCUAGUCUAGGACAGCUGUUAUGCGAGUCCGGUAGUGAUUUCACCGAUGCAGAUAUAGUAGUAGAAGAAACCAGUGUUGGCGUACAUAGAUGCAUUUUAGCCGCUAGGAGUAAAUUCUUCGAUGAACUUCUCCGAAAAGACAAGGGUAGUGUCGGAAAAGAAGGGAAGCCGAAGUAUUGUAUGGUGGAUUUGUUGCCUUAUGGCAAGGUUGGAUAUGAGGCUUUUGUUAUAUUCUUGAACUACUUGUAUACGGGGAAGCUUAGACCAUCUCCACUUGAGGUGUCGACAUGUGUCAAUUGUGUUUGCCCCCAUGAUUCGUGUAGACCUGCUAUCGACUUUGUUGUCGAAUUAAUGUAUGCUUCCACAAUUUUUCAGGUUUCGGAGCUCGUCUCACUUUUUCAGCGGCGGCUUCUUAAUUUAGUUGGGAAGGCCAUUGUGGAAGAUGUAGUCCCCAUUAUUAAGGUAGCCUUUGAUUGUCAACUAAGUCAGCUUCUCAACGAGUGUGUCCACAGAGUAGCUCGAUCAGAUUUCGAAGCCAUCUCCAUCGAGAAAGAGCUCCCACCUAUUGUAGCACAAGACAUUGCUUCGCUCUGUCUCAAAUCUCAAUCAGAACAAGAAAACAAAACGGGCCCCGUUUCCCCAUUGCACGAGAAACGGGUUAAGAGAAUACACAAGGCAUUGGACUCUGAAGAUGUUGAGCUCGUCAGACUUCUACUAACCGAAUCUGAUAUAACCCUAGACGAGGCAUAUGCUCUCCAUUAUGCUGUUGCCUAUUGUGAUCCAAAGACAGUAACGGAGGUUCUUAGUCUAGGUUUAGCUGAUGUCAACUUACGGAAUAACAGAGGAUAUACGGUUCUUCACGUUGCUGCUAGAAGAAAAGAACCCUCGAUUAUAGUUUCACUUCUGACAAAGGGGGCAUGUGCAGCGGACCCCACUUUCGAGGGGCGAAAUGCCGUUACUAUUUGUAGGAGUCUGACUAGGCCAAAGGAUUAUCAGAUGCAGAGAGAGAAAGGACAAGAAGCGAACAAGGAUCGUAUUUGUAUUGAUGUCUUGGAGAGAGAGAUGCGUAGGAAUCCCAUUUCUAUGGAUGUGUCUAUAUCCUCCAUUGCAAUGGUCGAUGAUUUGCAUAUGAAAUCGCUCUACCUCGAAGACAGAGUGGCGUUUGCGCGAAUGUUUUUCCCUACGGAAGCUAAGUUAGCUAUGGAAAUUGCGCACGCCGAGGCGACAUCUAGUCUAGCUGGACUUUUGUCCUCGAGUGGGAACUUGAUGGAGGUAGAUUUAAACGAGUCACCAAUUACUCAGAACAAGAGGCUUCUUGCAAGAAUUGAAACCCUCUCCAGAACAGUUGAGUUGGGGCGGAGAUAUUUCCCUAAUUGCUCGCAGGUGCUCGAUAAAUUUAUGGAGGAUGACUUACCGGAUGCAUUCUACCUUGAGAAGGGUACACUGGAAGAGCAAAGAAUGAAACGAGUGCGUUUUAUGGAGCUCAAAGGUGAAGUUCAUAAAGCAUUCAAUAAAGACAAAGCUAAGCUUCAUCGUUCGGGAUUUUCUUCUUCUCCGUCUUCGUUCAAAGAUCACGUCGGUCAUAAAAUUCGGAAACUCUGAGAAGAGCAAGUGUGCUUCAUUACUAACUUUCUUUAAUUUGAAGUUACUAAAUAUAAUCUUAGGAGUUUGUUGGGAAAUAUUAUUAUACUACCACUCUUAUGGACCUGUCUA